CGGAGGGAGGGAGGCGAGGGGGGGCUUCAGCGGGUGUAAUUUACAAGGGACGUUUGGAGACUGUGGCUGCAAGACAGGAAAGAAAAAGAGUAGGGUGCUGGGCUGCUCCGGUAGAUGUUUCCCUGUUGUUUGGUGCAUGAUUUAGAGAAGAGGAGGAGCUGGAACCAGCGAGUGGCAGAGCCAGGAGAUAGGGGGGUUUGCGCUGCUGCUCGGGGGGGGCCUUUCUCUGCCUCUCUUGCUCCCCGGGUGUAGCAUCUAGAGCUCUCCCGGCGUUGGCUCUGCUGUCCCCGGGUGGGGGUUCGCAGGCAGAGGGCGCGUGCCUCCCUCGCUCCGUGGUGCGGGGUGUGUGUGUUUUCGGGGGGUGGGGGUUGUGUCUGAACCAGUUAGGAAGAAUGACUCUGGAGUCCAUCAUGGCGUGCUGCCUGAGCGAGGAAGCCAAAGAAGCCAGGCGGAUCAACGAUGAGAUCGAGAGGCAGCUCCGCCGGGACAAGCGGGACGCCCGCCGGGAGCUCAAGCUGCUGCUGCUGGGUACGGGAGAAAGUGGCAAAAGCACAUUCAUCAAACAGAUGAGAAUCAUACAUGGAUCAGGAUACUCUGACGAAGACAAAAGGGGUUUCACAAAACUCGUGUAUCAGAAUAUAUUUACAGCAAUGCAAGCUAUGAUCAGAGCUAUGGAUACACUCAAAAUCCCAUACAAGUACGAACACAAUAAGGCCCAUGCACAGUUAGUUCGAGAAGUUGAUAUAGAGAAGGUAUCAGCAUUUGAGAAUCCCUACGUAGAUGCAAUAAAGAGUUUAUGGAAUGACCCUGGGAUCCAAGAGUGUUAUGACAGACGGCGGGAAUAUCAGCUAUCAGACUCAACUAAAUACUAUCUUAACGACCUGGACCGUAUAGCAGAACCUGCCUAUCUGCCCACCCAACAAGAUGUGCUUAGAGUUCGAGUCCCAACAACAGGGAUCAUUGAAUAUCCAUUCGACUUACAAAGCGUCAUUUUCAGAAUGGUGGAUGUAGGAGGCCAACGAUCAGAAAGAAGAAAAUGGAUACAUUGCUUUGAAAAUGUCACAUCUAUCAUGUUUCUAGUAGCCCUUAGUGAAUAUGAUCAAGUACUUGUGGAGUCAGACAAUGAGAACCGAAUGGAGGAAAGCAAAGCACUGUUUAGGACAAUUAUCACAUAUCCGUGGUUCCAGAACUCUUCGGUCAUUCUGUUCUUAAAUAAAAAAGAUCUUCUAGAGGAGAAAAUUAUGUACUCCCAUCUAGUUGACUAUUUCCCAGAGUAUGAUGGACCCCAGCGAGAUGCACAGGCGGCACGAGAGUUCAUUUUGAAGAUGUUCGUGGACCUGAAUCCAGACAGUGAUAAAAUUAUCUACUCUCACUUCACAUGUGCUACAGACACAGAGAAUAUCCGCUUCGUCUUUGCUGCUGUCAAGGACACUAUCCUACAGUUAAACCUGAAGGAGUACAACCUGGUCUAACUGUGCCUAGUAGGCCCCCCAAAAUUCCCUUCGGGCAAUUGAAGAUAUACAAGAGGGACUGUAUUAUCUGUGAAAACGACUUGCAUAAUACUAAUUUAUUGCCGGCCUGGACUCUGUGAAUGUUCACAGAGUUUGUAGUAAAUAUUAUGAUUUUAUUUAAACUAUAUUGAGGAAAAACAAAAGAUGCUGAAAUACAUUCACAGCAUGUUUCCUCAUUUUUUUAGGCAAAACCUUGUGACUCAAUGUGUUUUAAAUUCUCAGUCAUGCACUCACAAAGGAUAGGGGGUUUUUUUGCUAUUAAGGGAAAAUCAAGCUGGUUUCCCCUUUCCCUGACUCUCUUUCUCACUCUCUCCCCUUUCCUCCACUGCAUUUUAUUAUUGUUUUCAAAGGUACAAUGGCCUUAUUUUUCAGUUGCAUUCCUUGGCAGACUGUUUUCUCUACAGUGAUCUGAUCAGGAAAAUACUAUCAUCACAAUUUAAGCCAUCAAUCAUUCUAAUUUUACAGUAUGUACUUUUUCUGAAGGAUCAAAAGUAUUGAUACUGUGAUUUUAAAAUUCUUGACAUGGAUAUUUUGCAAACUGUCUUCACGCUGUGGUCUAGGAUAUUGGGUUCAAAAACAGCAGUUGUAGUAACAUGGAUUUUAACUUUAGCUAUAACGUGGCAAAUCAGAACAAUGCAUAGAAGACAGUAAUAAAAUGACUAAGGCAAAAUGGUGAUGUGGAAUAUGAUCGAAUUUCUUUUUAAUUGUCAUGUGUCCUUUCUUCUUUCUUUUCUUUCAAAUCAUAGAUGCCAAACAAAAAUGCCAUAGACACUACAUUUUCCCCAGAGGCUACAGCCUGAAACAGUGUUUUUUCAGGUUGGCUUUGUUUGUUUGUUUUUUAUUUUUUGUUUUGGUUUGGUUUGGUUUUUUUUUAGUUAGAACUUUUUAAAUAUUUUUGACCACAAUCUAAACAUUAUUUUUAUUGAAUUAAAAAAAUUCAUGUUGCCAAACGUGGCUUUUUAUAAAACCAAUAGCUUUGAAACAUAAGAUACUAAUUGAAAUGCCAAAUUGAUUGAUUGGGAAACGACCAGAUUGAGACAACUGCCAAAUGAUAAAGAAUUAAAGUUUUAACUCAUAUGUUCCUCUCCCCCUGCUUUUUUUAAAGAAAGUGUUCCAUUUUGAAUGCCAAAAACAGCAGCGUGAGUGAAAAUGCUGUUGGGUGCAUCAUGCACAUGCAUAUUGUCUAUACUAAUUUAAAGACAAUUUUACUCUGUCCGUAUGUCAAAGAUAGUAUGAGAAUACAGGGAACAUUUUCUGCAGUAAUAUCAGGGCACCUUUAAUUGUAAAACAUGAAAUUACUGAUGAAUAAUCAUAUUCAGGACCCUGUCUUGAUACAGUUGCUAGUUAAUGGAUUGACAGAUAUCUAAUAGGCUUAAUACAAAGUAGCCUCUCUCAGUGUUCCAUGGAAGUAUUUAUUAAACGAAACAGCAAAUAUCUUACUUUUGAACUCUAAAUGUGCAAUUUUUUUAAACAACAAAGACAGCACACACAUGUAUGAGGCUCUGUUCUGCAGGUUGGGUUGAAAAAACAUUUUUUAACCAGUCACAAGACUGCUAGCAAGCUGCAGAGAACUCAGAGGUCUGACAUAUAAUUGGACUGAUUAUCCACAAUAUCAUGUAGCACUAGAGUGCAUUUAUGUAGAAAUUGCUCCUUCAGAGCAGCGUGAGGAGGGGAGAAUGGCUUACUAGUUGAGUACCAAAGUUAACAAUAAAUACUAAUGAGAUGUGGUUCAUCUUUAACCCGCCCCUCCAAUGCAAAACAACAAUAAUAACAAAAGUUGUAUUUUUUUCUCCCUCAUGAGACACUAUGUAAUUUAAAACUGGUUGUAGGUAUAGUGCAAUUAUGAAUGCUAUAAUCAUUGUACAUGCAUACAUACAUACAUACACGCAUAUAGAUAUAUAUAUGUGUGUGUGUGUGUAUGUAUAUAAUAUAGCAGCAUCCAUAUUGGCUUUGUAAUCAUUAAUUUUUUGGCAGAUUGAAUGUGCUGUAUUGAUAUGUAUCUAUGUAAUUGUAUUGUAUGUCAUAGCUAAUUCACAUUUUAAAUAAUGUUAUUUUAUUUACUUUUUUAAGAGAGAAGAAUGUAAAUUUUGUCAGUUUAUUUCUGACUAGGGAUUUUUUUUUUAUUUACAAA